AGCGAGUGUGGACAAUGGUGACCAUCAAAGUGAUGUUGCUAGGCAACGAGCUGGUGGGCAAGACCUCGCUGAUAGUGUGCCUCACCAGCGGAGCCUUCCUCCGGGACAGUGUGCCAACCAUCUUCGAUGCAGUCACGACCCAGAUCACUGUGGACCAGCGGAUGGUGACUCUGAACUUGUGGGACACGGCACCCCAAGAGGAACAUCUUUUGUCCAUCCGCCAAUUCUACUAUCCCCAGACUGACAUCUUCAUCAUCUGCUUCUCCAUUGGUGACCCGGGCUCCUUCCACGAUAUCUGGAAUGACUGGUAUCCAGAGGUUAAACGCCAUCAGCCCAACGUGCCAGUGCUGUUGGUUGGCACUAAGAAGGAUCUCCGUCAUGACCCCAGCACCAUCCUGAACCUGCUCAAACGUGAACUGGCACCGGUCAGUUACCAACAAGGAGCGAGGCUCGCCCGUAAGAUAAAAGCGGUGAAGUACAUGGAGUGCUCGGCACUGCUGGGUGAGGGCGUAAUCGAGGUGUUUGAGGAGGCAGCAAGGACUAUCCUCCAUCAGGGCCGUGGGAAGCAGACCAGGAGCUGUGUGCUGACCUAACAGAGACACGGCAGGCCUGAGAGCUACCAGCUCCACUGUAUGACACCUCUCCUUCACUGUCUCUCCAAAUCUCCCUCUCUCAUUCUCACUCUCUCACUCACUUUCCCUCUCUCUCUCAC